UUAAUUUUUAAAGGGUUUGGACCUUUUGCAAUGCAUGUUGUUAAUGCAAGUUGGGAGGCUGUGAAAGAAUUAUCUAAAAUGGGUUUGGGCAAAGAAGCUGGCAAUGUUAAAUUGAUCACUGAAGAAAUACCAGUUAUAUAUGAUGCCGUUCGUCAAUAUACUGUAAACAUGUGGAACACUCACAAACCUCAGCUUGUCGUUCAUGUUGGCGUAUCUGGAAUAGCACAGGAAAUUACCUUGGAGAAACAAGCACAUAAUCAUGGAUAUGACAAGCUAGAUAUUUGUGGAUGCACACCAGAUGGAGAGUGUUGUGUUGAAGGAGCUGAAGAAUGCAUUGAGACUUGUAUUGAUAUGCAGGCCGUUUGCGACUACAUAAACCAAUCUGACAAAAAGGUUACCGCUGUUGUGUCCACUGAUCCUGGCAGGUAUCUCUGUGACUUCAUAUACUUUUCUUCUUUGACCAUAAACAAAAGCAGGACCACAUUUAUUCAUGUACCUCCUCUUGAUCGACCAUAUUCAGCCCGGCAAUUGGCUGAAGGACUUAGACUGGCUAUUGUAGCUAUGCUGCAACAGUUGAAACUUGUGAAUUAG